GCACAGCUUUGAGGCCUGCAGAGAAAAGUCUCGAGGUUCAGUCCCCCUUACCAGCAUCUGAGUAUAACCAUUAUCCUACCAUUGCCUCUGCUAAUGCAAUUUCCACACCGAACAUGUAUGUAGAAGAAAGGUCAGUGGCUUAUCCAUUGGUGCAAACAAAGAGCAGAGCUGCCUCAUGAAGCUUCUUACGAUUUCUAUAAUCAACCAGUUGAAUAUGGCCCUGGUUAUCAUAGCCAGCAUACUCAGAUGGAAAUUAACAUUCCUCGGAUUAAGGCGGGAGCAGAUGGGAUCCAUUUACCAUCAUUAGGUAGAAAUGAAAAUGAUGUUAUUGGAGGAGAUGCAAAUCAUUUUGUGAAAGACAUGUUUCAUAAUGAACAAAGUCUCUUCUGUUGAUAAUCCCUUUGGCUCACCAACCAGGAGCCUGUCGUUGUUUGGAAGAUUUAGUGGUAGCCCAUUUGAUCUUGGAUUUAAUGGCACAAUUGAUGACCUUAUGCUUGAUGAGAGCAUAAUAGAGUACUUUGGAGCACAGAUUGAAAGUGUUUAGUCUACACAGGUUAGGUUGUAAUAAACCAUCCUCUUCAACCUGUUGUUGAAGUCGGUAAUUUGAUCAUGUAAAUCUGACUUGAUCUUACGUUUUUUUCAGGAACUGCAAAAUUAUGCAUCCACUGCUGACUUGGCUGGAUGAAUUUUUCCCUAAUAGAUUUCUUGCUAGUACAGGUGUCAUCCAUUUAACUUUUUAAGAAUGUAAGUUGAGUCAAUUUUUAAUUAUUUAGCCACAAUAUUUAGGAUGCAAAGAAGAUAGGCCAAAACAUGAUUUCUAUGUUAUAGUUGCACUGCCUCCUCCCCCUUAACAGAAAUGGAAACUGAGGAGUUGUGUAAAUGAGUCAAGUUCAUUAACUGUUA